AUGAAAGAGGUCAUCCAAGCGCGGGAGCUCGCUUUCUACGCGGAAAGGUCGUCCGGGCACGUCGAGCGAGGCGACUGUAUUUACCGCUACCGGACCGUAUACGAGGAGGAAGACUCGGUUCGGGCGUACGCGAAUCAUCGAAGACCUCGCGCGGCCGUGGAAUCGCCGGCCGCAACCUUUGGAGAACCUCGAAGCCACAGUCCAGUUGCCAACCGGACAGAACACACCUAUGAAUCAGGAGGGGCCGACCCCCAGUUUCAUCUUGCAGAACGGCCGCAGGUUCCGUCACACUUCUCAAGCGCAGCCAUCAAAGCGUCCGCCAAAUCGCCGGUCUACAACGCGGACACAGCAUCAAGCACCUUGGCGCACCUCAAGGCGGAUUCUACACUUGAUGCAGCCAGCAGAGAUGCGUCGUCUUCUAUGGAUUCAAAGUCUGAAGACCUUGUGCGGCAUCCCGACCGCUUCAUGAAGUUGGAUGAAAAGCCUCACGUCGUGAACCCCAUAUCACAAGAUCCCCAGUCAAAUCUGCCCGAGAAACCUCAAGUCGUCAACACAGCAAAUGCAGGCUCUUUGCAGGAAGCACCCACGAGGUAUCAGCUUCCCCAGACGGUCAGCUCCCCGAAACCCCCAGUUCACGUGCUCUCGAAGCCUCACGUGGUGGACGUGAUUCAAAACCCAACGAUCAACCUCGCCGCAAGGCCACAGGUCUUGUUUGGCCCCUCUCGAGAUCCGACCUACAACGUUGCCGCGAAGCCGCAAGUCGUCAACCCAUCGAAUGAGCCGUCCGUCAACGUGGAGGCCAAACCACAGGUGCUCGACCCCGACACGAAUCCGCUAGGGAACUACAAGGAGAAGCCGAACACUCUCAAAGCCACGUACCCCGGACCGUACGGUGGAGGACGCGAACCGGUGCCGGUGCCGCAAGUUCCAUCGUCCUCGACAAAAGCACCGGGGUUUUUCGAUCGUCGUCCUCAACCUCCAACUCAACAGAAAUAUCCGGCCCGGCCUGCACCGCCGACCUGGCCAGCUUUCUCCAGGCCACCACACGGAUACGGAUUUGCAGUUGGAAACGUGCAGGUGCCCCCGACGCCAAGACCUCCUGGCUGCUUUUACAAGUCUGAGCGCUACGAGCACGGCGACGUGGUGUCCACGCCCGAGCCCUGCCUCAACUGCACCUGCCAGAAGGGAGUGCUCGUGUGCUACCUGCGCGUGUGCCCCACGACGGGGACGCCCGCCCCCGGAUGCUUCACCGCCAGGGAGGCCGGGGAAUGCUGCCCCAAUGUCUUCUGCAGCGGAGAGAAAAAAACCACCACAACGCCACCACCUCCCUUGGAUGACGAUUACUAUGACUAUUCAGCCACCGUCGACUACGGCUACGAUUCUGAACCAACCACUCCCAAAAGCAAGCCUCCAAAGCCGGCCUGGCAGGGACCAGGUUACGAUGACAGCGAGCUCUCCGCAAGAACUCCGAGCAUAAUUUCGGAAACUGAAACAGUGACUCUGUCGCCUGAAACAACGACUUUCACAUUCUCAACAAGCACAGCAACAUCAAAACACCCAGGAACAAGCACGGUAAAGAGCCCCAGCAGAGAAGCAACCACCACAAAAACAGCCAGCCCCAGCACAUCUACACAGACAGUGACAACAGUUACACACAUGGAGACAACAGUUACAACAGAAUCUCACCUAGCAACAACAACAGUCCAGGUGAAUGGGACGACGGCAGUGAAAAACGAUGUGACAACUCACCCCAGCCGCAGACCCGAGACCACGACGUUUGGCACGACGGGCAGCACCAGGCCAGCGCUAAGGCCAACCUCGGUCAGAGACGAAGCGACGACGAAAAAAUCUGGCGACGACACGGAAGAAACAGAAACUGCGACCGUAGUGGAUGCUACGACGGUGUUUUCUCCUACCGCAACGACAGAAAUAACGUUAGAUACCACCACCAGUCUCGAGGAACAAGCAACGCGGUACAACGGGAACCUGACGACGGGGGUGCCGACCAGGGCUCCUGAAGCGGCUGUCAGGGAGCCGGUGGCGGACGACGAGGCGGCAAACAGUGUCGAAGCGGGAGACCACACGGCCAGGGACAGCGUCAUGCUGGUGUCUUCGACUCCUUUGCCCUACGAGGUUCACCAUUCGUUUGACCUCCAGGACCUCAACACCAUUUCCGGAGCUUGCCUCGACGAGGCGUCCUUGUAUGCCGAGGGCUCGGCCAUGCUUUCCUCCAACUUUUGCAAUUACUGCUACUGCAUCCGCGGCAUUAAACGCUGUGUCCAGCCUAAGUGCCACCUCGCUGUGGCCGACUGCCAGCCGCAGUUCACCAGCCAGUACGACUGUUGCCCUUCCAGCUAUGCCUGCACGCAAGGACCAGCGAAUGCGACAACACCGCUGCCAUUAAUUGGAAGCACUGCGACGAGUACUACUACCACACAGAUGCCAGUCAUCAUUCCGAUUCAGGGCUGCUUGAAGAAGGGCCAGCUGUACAAGGUCGGCGAGGCUGUGCCAGGCACCACCGACUGCGAAGCCUGCUACUGCUCCCCCCGUGGGCCAACCUGCCACCGCAUCGAGUGUCCGCCCGUGGCACUGGACUGCGACCCCGUCAUCCCCAAGGGACACUGCUGCCCCACUGAAUACAUCUGCAACAAAACCCAGCUAUACAAAGACAGGGAGUAUGACAAGCCUGCUGGUUUCAACAAAGACCUGUACCAUCCUCAAGCCCUGCCCGAUGACUACCAGGACAACCAGCCCCUGGCCCGAAAAUCUGACGACAAUUUCGACUACAACUCGGUACCCCAGCCAGCCUACAAACCGCCCACAACUCAGGAGACAUUCACGCAACCCGAGUCAAGCGGCGCCAUUGCAGCAGCUACAUUGACAGAAAAGAACAGAACUGCAGAUGCCUCAAAGGACCCUCAGGAAAGUGCAGCAAAGGACAGCAAUGUUCUGGCUUCUUUGAUAUCGGGAACGAUGGCAAGUGAAAGCAAUACAUCAGCACGUGUUGGCAACGAGACACGAGAUGAAGCAACCACAACGACUGCAGAAAAUACCUCGCUUCUCCCAUCGACUGCCCUUCUCCCGAAGAAAGGCGAGAAAUAUGCGAUGCAGAUGCCGAGCUUUGCCACAACCCACGCACCCACACCGCACAAGAAUCGCGUGAUCUACAUUCCCGAGCUGAUCCACACGCCAGACGGCGGAAAAUUGAUGACAGAGCUGAAAAUAGAAAUGAAGCCGACGCCGGAGCCCUCGUCACCUUCCCAUCCGUUCCACCAGGAAAAAAUAGAGGACUUUUUUGCACGGGAACCGCUGCACGACACGGCCGUCCAGGGCAAACAAAACGUGCAACCCAAACCCCAAGAAGACUUGACCAAAGGACUGCCACCGGUGCCGUUGGAAGGUCUCCAGUUUUCGGAACUCAUCGACAGGCUUUUCUUCACCGGCAGCGAAGACGACAAGAACGGCAAGGAUGUCCCCGAUGACGUAUUGGAGCCUGCCUACGGACAAGCGCACCUUUACAAUGCCUCGGCGCAAGGAACAUCCGUCAUAGAGGCACGGUAUCCUCUAGACGAAAAUGACAAGUUGCAGCCCGUGUACGGGAGUCCUCCAGUUUUCCACAAACCGACCGCAGACCUGCUGCCCGGCGAAGCGGAGUCUCUGAAGCCUCGUUACGGAAAGCCCCCGUCUUUUGAAGACGAGAGUCCCAAAGACUUGCUGUCGCGCGUGCACGUCCAGACAACGACUCCAGAGGUUCACUAUGAGCCUGCAGCUUCAUUAGAUGUGGACACGUCGUCGCACAAUGUCAAUGCGAGCACGGAGCAGAAACUGAGUAACCAUACCCUGCCAACGUCUGUGGGACAGCGUUUCGAACCGGCUGAAGUCUUUAGAAAUGUGACGAGAAUUGGCAGCAAAGGACCUCACCGCUUCCUACCGUCACUGAAGCCCGGUUUCAUUCCCGACGACGAGCAUGGACGAACGUCGAGCUCAGAGUCUCAAGACCUCCCUGACAAGACCAGAACAGGAACUAGCGAGUCACACCCAGCGAUGACACCAAACAGGACAAUGUUCGAGGAUGAAAUGUUCCUAGGAGAUAACCCACACAUUAUUCAUGAUGAGAGCGCAGAAAAUAAGUCAACUGCCACCACAACUGCCUCGGAUCCCUCAACCUCAAGCAGAUUCUACGAAGUCACACCAGGAAUGCACGCUGAAAGGGACAGCUGGGAAACUGGUCUUUACAAUUUUUCAACACCAACAGCACAUUCCUUCGAUUCAGUGACGACAGCUAUCCGCGAACUGAAUGAAGUCGUACCAAGCGUGACGGAAGGCGGGCCACAGUCAGACGAGGCUUCCACAACGACCAGCAUGAUCAACGUCAGGCUCGGAAACACGCUGAACGUCAGCGUGGAUGGCAACCAGUCGAUGUACAGAAACGUCGAGGAGGGCGGCAUAAUCGUCAGCAUGUAUCCGGAGCACAGAAUGGACGGCAACAUCUCGGAAAUGCAGGAGCCGCCCCACGCGUUCUCCGACCCCUCCGACCAAGUUGCGAGCAGAGCGAUUUCCUCCAGGAACCCUGUCAAAGACGUCCAGCGUGCAGAAGAGAAAGUGAAGGCUCUGGCACGACCGACCGAAGUGAUCUCCGACGUUGCCAAGCCCCACAAAGCCGACGAGCCGGAAGUGAUCACCGCCCCAAACAUAGACUUCUCGCAAGCGGGGACAAUGAAUGUGCGCGUUUCGCCUGGAAACGCUUUCAAGGUUUUCUCUACGGUGGUGCUUGAUGCUGCCAGCAAAAUCCGACACGGCACCGCGACUACAGAGCCGCCAGUGGACACGGCACCGUGGGCGCCGCUCGGUUCGACGAUCACGGACUCUGGAGAAUCGGUUUCGCUCACGAGUAAUCCUUCCGGUUUGUCAGACAUCAUCCAGCCUCAGGCGUCCUCCACGAUACAGAUGCACAAUUAUCCCAGCAGCAUGGCUCCAGUGACGACGGACGGACCUACCAAGCCUGCAGUGGUCCAUUCCAGCUUCCGCAUUGUGCCCUUUCUGGCGGAAGACGCCAUUUUCAAGCCUGCCACUCCGGCCCACGCGUUUCACAACGAAACAGCUGGUCGUCCAAAGAUUACUGUCAACUCCAAUCCGCGAGAACCUGUAAGAGACAACUGUUUCGUGGCUGGCCGCAUGUUUAUCAAUGGGGAGCUGAUCAAGAAGGCAGACCCCUGCGAGCUGUGUCGCUGCUACUAUGGUCGUGAGCUGUGCCAGCAGAAGAACUGCCCGCUGCCACCCUCACCUGCCUGCAUCAGCGAGAGCGUCCCAGGUUUCUGCUGCCCCAAGUACACAUGCCGUCCCCAGGACGUCUACCUUCCUCCCCCCGAUGUCGACACGGCCCCACCCGACCACGUCACCUCGAACGGUCCGACAACGCACCCCACGCAGUUCAGCCUGGUGGACGUCGAUGCCAGUGCGGAGCACGCCAAGCAACCAACGCCGGGGAAUUUCAGGCCCGUGCUCGGCACAACCACUCCGCCGGCGCCGUCCUUCUCCGUCAAGAACUCCCCGGUGCUCAAGCCCUUCUUCCUACAAAGGACUACGGUGCAAACCAUGCAGGGCGGAUUUGCGCCUACCGCUGCCACGGAGAGGGAGCCGAUUGACGACCCUGCCACCACCACUGCGGAAACGACGCCAUCGCCAACGACGACGUCCACGAGCGGGCCCCAGCAACUGUGGAACGUCUUCCAGGUUUCAGGCUGCAACAUUUACGGACGGCUGUACGGAGUCAACGAGGUGGUGCGAGAACUGAGCAGCAAGUGCAAGGCGUGCACUUGCACGUCCCUUGGAGUGCAAUGCAACGACACAUGCUGACGACCCGCAGAGCACCAGAAACAACCCUGACAUUCUUUCAUCAAUAAGACGUCCAGCGAUUCUCGUCUCGUUGGGCCUCCAUCGAACUGUCAAGUGCCGAGAUGCGAAAGCGGCCUUCUCGAGAUGAGGACAAGCAAAGCAGGACCUGGCAUUGCUCGUGCCCAGAGAAAGUGCAACUGGCUUUUCACUUUGUACAGUGUGUUGUAUGACAGGUUUGUAGCACGGGCAAAGUUUGCAGCGUGGAUUCAGUUGGAUGAAUAAGAUCUGGGCGAACUGCACGAGCUCAUUUUUGCAUAUGUCGUGCCAAGAUUUGCAAUGCACUGAGGUACUACAUAUAUAGCUAGACUGCAUAGUUUUGGGCUAAAAAAUAAUGGCAAGUAACAUUAAUACCUGGGUCAAAAAGUAAAGAAGAAAUAAACAACUUUCUUGUUUUCUUUGCAGUUUGUUUUAAUAGCAGCAAUGGCAGUGCGAGUCCCGCAGCCUAAAAAAUGAGCUGAAUAUACGAUGAAAAUGGCUUUAUAGCAGCAGGCUACCAUCCCCUUCAAAAACCAGCAAUGAUGCCCCAUGCUGGCAUUGGUCGUUAUCGUUAAACAACAAGCGACUGUUUGCUGCUGAUGGAUGAAAUGGUUUGAUUUAAAUUUUUACCAUGCAUAACCUUGAAUUAGCUGUCUUCUAGAAACUAUGCCAACUAGCUAUGCCUCAGUUGCAAAUAAUGAUACGAUACCUCGAGGAAUGGACUUCUGCAGUCUGCAGCCAGAUUGAUUCACGCUGCAGUGAAGUUAAAUUGAACAAUUCAGGUAAACAAUAUAUUUAAAAAUAUUAUAGUAUUUUCUGCACCAAGAUUUAAGUAUAUUGGUUGUGCUGGAAUCACGAUAAGACUACAGUAUUGCAUUGUAAGAAGUGAAACAACUUGAUUUGUUUGGAAGACACCUGAAACAUAAAUCAGAUGAGUACAUACAGCUCACUAAUAUUCAAAAAUGUAAAAAAUGUUUUUUAAAUUAAGGAAUUUUUAAUAUCCAAGACCUGCAUGUGAUAAUAAUUGCAAAAGCCUAAUAACUCUCAACUCCUCUGAGAAAAAAAAAGAAACAAGAACAAAAAAAGAAACGGAGUUCAACGAGUGCCAUGAGAAAUGCGCAAAGUUUUGAUCUUGACCAUCGGCACAAUUUCACAUUCCAUCCUCAAAAUCAGCAAUAUUUCCCAGGGCAUUCUUGAGUUCAAUGUUUGCAGAAAGUUCCACAAAUACAGCCUUAACAAACAACUACUAUUACAAACCAAAUAUAACUCCACUUUACAAAGGAAGAGUUAUACUCCCCUCCACUGACUGAAACGAAGGGUGUAACAUUUUUAAGAAGGAACCCUGAAAGUUUGUGAUUCAUUUCUUUUUUUUUUUUGUGCGUAGCAGUGCGGUCGCCGACCUUUCAAUAAGUGGUUUUCCUGUUAUUUUUAUGACCGGUGAAUGCAUGCGGGGUCCGUCUACACACUCUUAUUGUACAUAUACGAGACUUAUUUAUGUGCCGACAGGGACAGUGUUGUGAGACAAUCGCAGUUACCACGCCUCGAUCAAAGAUUGCUUUUCUAGAACUUUGCGAACCCGUAGCACUGUCAAGAGCGGAGGAACAGCCCACAUAAGCAAACCCUGUGUUGUCGUCAGUUUUUCAUUUAGUAUUUAUGUCUUUCACACGACUGAAGAGGCAAAGAAGUGUUUGUAAAUACGUAGAUAGCUUCGCUCAUGUCCCAUUCCGUUUCUAGGAUUUUCAGGGCUGCAUUUACGCAGUGUGUUUACAACUGGCCCAAAUCCUCUUUUAUACCGGAUUGCUACCUUUGAGCCAGGAAACAAGCACACAAGUUAGCCACCAUUGCAACGAAACCUGUCGCAAAAGACAGCUUAGUAGAACAUUGUAGAAAUUCAGUAACGAUUUGGGCUUCUUGUAGUCACGCUGCUUUGAAACUAUUCACAGGCCUCCGGUGGAUUAAAAAAAAAAAGACGUAAAAAAUGGCUUGAGAGAGGGGUGGUGAAUGUGUACAUGUAUUUCCCAAUUCAAUCUAGGUAAUAAAGUUUAUCUUUGAAA